AUUGCUUAAACAAUACAAAUAAAAGUUCGCGGGAGAUCGACCCCUACUCACUUAUAAUUAAGCAAUUGCUUCGAGUAGUGAACCUUUCAGUGAUCAGUGUUGAGUGUUCUUAAGUGUACUAAUUGUUACAGCAACCAUGGCAACAGGUGGAAAUCUCGCUUUGAUCUCAGUGUCAAAUAAAACUGGCCUCCUGAACUUGGGAAAGAACCUCUCAAACUUGGGAUUCACACUUGUGGCCAGUGGUGGUACCGCAAAGAGUCUUCGUGAUGCCGGCUUGGCCGUUAAAGACGUGUCAGACAUUUCUGGGGCCCCUGAAAUCCUUGGGGGAAGAGUCAAAACCCUCCACCCUGCUGUGCAUGGUGGAAUUCUUUCCAGAUUGAUCCCAUCAGAUUUAGCAGAUUUAAAGCAGCAAAAUAUCGACCUAAUCAGAGUGGUGGUGUGUAAUCUGUACCCAUUCGUCGAAACAGUAUCCAAACCAGAAGUAACAAUAGCAGAUGCGGUCGAAAACAUCGACAUCGGGGGCGUCACACUUCUGCGUGCCGCCGCCAAGAACCACGCCAGGGUGACCGUAAUAUGCGACCCCAACGACUACGACAAAGUAAUCAACGAGAUCAAAACCUCCCCCAACAAAGACACCACAGAGCAAACCAGACAGUCCCUCGCCCUGAAGGCCUUCACCCACACCAGCGAGUACGACCUGGCCAUCACCGACUACUUCCGCAAACAGUAUUCCGCCAACACCUCGCAGAUGACCCUGCGCUACGGCAUGAACCCACACCAGAAGCCGGCACAGAUCUUCACCACCUUACCCAACUUGCCUUUGAAGGUUGUCAACGGGUCGCCAGGGUUUAUUAAUCUGUGCGACGCCUUGAACGGCUGGCAACUGGUCAAGGAGCUCAAGGAGGCCUUGGGUCUGCCGGCCGCCACCAGCUUCAAGCACGUGUCGCCCGCUGGUGCCGCUGUCGGUGUCCCUCUGGACGCCACUCAAGCCAAAGUAUGCAUGGUCGACGACGUGUUCGAUCAACUGACCCCCCUUGCCACCGCCUACGCGAGGGCCAGAGGAGCAGACCGCAUGUCCUCCUUCGGCGACUUCGUCGCCCUCUCCGACGUGUGUGACCACUCCACCGCCAGACUCAUCUCCCGUGAAGUCUCCGACGGCGUCAUCGCUCCGGGCUACACGCCCGAAGCCCUCGAGCUAUUAAAAAAGAAGAAGAACGGAAACUAUUGCAUCCUCCAAAUUGACCCGACCUUCGUACCAAGCCCCAUUGAACGUAAAGUCUUGUUCGGCCUCACGUUGGAGCAGCAAAGAAACAAUGCCGUCAUCAACAGCAGCUUGUUCUCAAACAUUGUGACUGACACCAAGAAUCUACCUCAAAAUGCUGUUAGAGAUUUGAUCGUGGCCACCAUAGCUCUCAAGUACACUCAAAGUAACUCAGUGUGUUACGCCAGAGAUGGACAGGUGAUCGGCAUUGGAGCCGGACAACAGUCCAGAAUCCACUGCACCAGACUCGCCGGCGACAAAGCCGACAACUGGUGGCUGAGACAGCACCCCAAAGUCCUCAACAUGAAGUUCAAGAAGGGCGUCAAGAGGGCCGAAAUCUCCAACGCCAUCGACAACUACGUCAACGGCAGCGUGGGUAAGGACAUGGACACCGCCUUCUUCGAGUCCAUGUACGAAGAAGUACCCACCCCCUUCACAGAAGCUGAGAAGAGGACCUGGUUGGAAAAGUUGUCGGGAGUGUCUUUGGCUUCCGACGCUUUCUUCCCCUUCCGCGACAACGUGGAUAGAGCAAGACUGAGUGGCGUUUCCUACAUUGGAAGUCCAUCUGGAUCGACCAACGACGCCGAUGUUAUCAAGGCAUGUAACGACCACAAAAUAACUUUGGCACACACGAAUUUACGUCUGUUCCAUCACUAAACCCUUUAUUGUAUUUUACACAAUAUAUUUUUUAUAAAUA